AUGUUUACUGCCAACGGUGUAGCUAUGCAUCCAGGAAACGAUGGUAGAUUCUCAGUCGUAAGAUUCACUGCACCAAAGGAUGGAAAUUAUGUCCUAGACACAACAUUUACACAUAUCCAUAGUUGUGCACUACAUUCAGGAGUUUACAUAGUAUAUAAUAACCUGACGCUUUGGGAAAUAGGCCUAGCCGGCCCUGGAGAUUCAAAAUCGUUCAAAACAACUGAUAGUAUUACUGUUAGAGCAAAUGAGCCUAUCGAUUUCAUUGUAGGCGUUGGUCUAGAUAAUAGCUUCGCUUGUGAUAUGACUCUUGCUCGUGUGGAUAUUCAUUUAUUAGAAAAUCAAAUAGAAUUGCUGGAUCAAUCGGAUUUGUAUUGGCCUGUUCUAUUAAUAAUUGCUGAAGUCAAAUAG